AUGGAUCGUGAAACAUUUUUUCAAUCGUUCGCGAACCAACAGUCAGCUCAAGCCCCUCUCGUCAGAGUAUUGAACCAAUACCUAUCUGUCCAAGAAGCGGUCCAAAUUCUUGAACAGUUUCAAUCUAAUGCUUGGAUUCCAAAUGGUCAAGUGCUCUGGAGUGGCAUCCCUCGCGAAAAAGCCCAAGAAUGGGCUGAUAGACAUGGACUUCAGACUCUAACCACAGCAAUGGGGCCGCUUAUGGACACUCAAAACCCAAAUUGCUUAAGAUUGAGAAAGGGCCCUCGACAGUGGAGUAACUAUAUACAUGGUGCUUCCGCAAUCUUUGCUUGGCGCAUAGCUCAGGGUGACACGGUUACGCUGCUUUCACCUCCACCACCAGAGCGAUUUCAUCCGUCGGGUUUGUCUUAUUACCAAGCCAUCGAAGAACCUAUCAUCCGGGGCUUAAUCGAUCAAAAAGCUGUUCACAAAAUCAAUAUAGCCCAUCCAAUGAGCAAGGGCAGCGAUGAAUUCUUAUAUGAGCUAUGGCCGAAUGACAGAAGCGACAAAUGGAGGGAACGAUUCGGAUCGGGAAAUUGCAAGAUAAAAUGGAGAGAAGUAAGUCAUAGUAAGGAUAUAAUGAAAUUGAAGGGGUUGGUGGCUUUUCCGGAACAGCGCGUCUGUUCUAUUGAGCAGUAUAAACAAUUUGAAGAACACGAGGUUGCCUUUAUCAAACCUGCUUAUCGUAUUUUACUACUAUCUCUAUUCUUGCUCAUUCUCAGUAGGUCACCGAUAUUGAUAUUAUUAGGUCUAGUCUAUUCACUUUUUGACAAAACGUGGAAUGAAAACAAUGCAAAAAAGGAAGGUAAAAUGAAACUUGAAACGGCAGAAGCUACUUCAAUCAUGAUUUCACCUGAAAUUCCCAAAGUCGAACAGUCUACUAAAACUUCAAGGGAGGUAGCGACUUGGCAAAAUGUCAAAGAUGAAAAGAAAACCCGGGCAAAGGCACAGAAGGAAGCUGCGAAGAAACAGCAGGAGGCUACGAAGAAGCUCAAGGAUAAAAGGAAAGCCCGCGCGAAGGCAAAGCAGGAGGCUGCGAAGAAGCUUAAAGAUGAAAAGAAAGCCCGCGUGAAAGCACAGAAAAAGGCUGCGAAGAAACUCAAGGCUAAAAAAAAAAAAAAGGCGAAGAAACAGCAGGAGGCUGCGAAGAAACAGCAGGAGGCUGCGAAGAAACAGCAGGAGGCUGCGAAGAAACAGCAGGAGGCUACGAAGAAGCUCAAGGAUGAAAGGAAAGCCCGCGCGAAGGCAAAGCAGGAGGCUGCGAAGAAGCUUAAAGAUGAAAAGAAAGCCCGCGUGAAAGCACAGAAAAAGGCUGCGAAGAAACUCAAGGCUGGAAAGAAAGCCCGCGCGAAGGCAAAGCAGGAGGCUGCGAAGAAGCUUAAAGAUGAAAAGAAAGCCCGCGUGAAAGCACAGAAAAAGGCCGCGAAGAAACUUAAGGCUGAAAAGAAAGCCCGCGCGAAAGCACAGAAAAAGGCCGCGAAGAAACUCAAAGAUAAAAACACAUCUUAA